AUAAUUCUGCUGCUCUUCGUUUUUUUUUUUUGGCGUCGUUCCAGUUUCUGGAUUUGGUUUCUUUCUUUCAAUGACUGUGAAUUUUCCGCAUCAUUCAUGUUUUGAUCUGAUUUAGUUUGUCGCCUGGACUUUUUUUGUUCUUUGUUCUUUCAAUUCUUGGUCUUGAUCAUCUCUGUAUCUGCCUCUGUAUUCUCAUUUAGGUUCUUAAAUACAAAUACUCAGUCUUGGAAUCAAAUUUGGGUUUUGGUUUAUGCCUGAUCAGAUUGUAGAACCGGUAACCUAUUGUCAGUUGGCGGGUUUGAUUUGAUGGCUUCUUCAGAUGAUACAUUCUCGCGAGUGUUCAAUUUUGGAGUAGAAAAGUCUUUAUAUGCUCCUGAUGAUGAUGAUGUCUUCACUCUGCUUCAUCCUACGUCACCACCAAUGAUGUCUAGUACCAAGAACAUUCCAAAACCUCCUCCUCUUCCUCGUAUUUCCUACCAGCGUUUUCAAGCUUCCAGAAGGGCAUCUUCGAGCUUAUCACGCCUUGUGCCAAAUGAAGCUGUAGAAACUUGGGAUAAGCUUUUCAAGGAAGGAUUUGGAGCAGAUAUAUUUGUUGAAACCGAUGACAACUCUCAGUUUCCAGCUCAUUCAAGUGUCUUGACUGCAGCUUCACCCGUUAUGGCGAAACUUCUGAAUCAGUCGAGAGAUAAAAAUGGAAAAGCAUACCUCAAAAUCCUCGGAGUGCCUUAUGAAGCAGUCUACAUGUUCAUUCGGUUUCUAUACUCUUCCUGCUACGAGGAGGAAGAAACGAAGAAGUUUGUGCUUCACUUAUUGGUUUUGUCACACUGCUACUCGAUACCAUCUCUUAAAAGAGUUUGUAUAGAGGUUCUCGACAAAGGAUGGAUUAACACGGAGAAUGUGAUCGAUGUGCUUCAAUUGGCAAGAAACUGCGACGCUACUAGGAUUUGCUUUGUAUGUUUCUCAAUGGUCAUCAAAGACUUCAAGUCUGUAUCUUCGACAGAAGGAUGGAAAGUGAUGAAACGAGCUAAUCCUCUGCUCGAACAAGAGCUCGUUGAGGCAGUCAUCGAAGCAGACACUCGGAAACAAGAAAGAAACAGAAAACUCGAGCACAGAAAAAUGUAUCUGCAGCUUUAUGAAGCCAUGGAAGCUCUUGUCCACAUAUGUAGUGAAGGUUGUAGGACAAUUGGACCUCGUGAUAAGGCCCUUAAAGGAAGCCAAACCGUGUGUAAGUUCCCGGCAUGUAAAGGGCUUGAAGGUGCACUCAGGCAUUUCUUGGGAUGCAAGUCUAGGGCUUCAUGUCCUCACUGCAAAAGGAUGUGGCAGCUUCUUCAGCUUCACUCUUGCAUCUGUGGUGAUUCUGAUUCUUGCAAAGUCCCUCUCUGCUGGAAUUUCAAGGUGAAAGUGAAGAAGCUUAGCAAGAAAGAAGAAUCUACAUGGCGAUUGCUUGCAGAGAACAUUAUUACGGCGAAGAAUAGUCUCGGGCCGUUCUCUUCACGUCCUUCUGUUUUGAUAUAAGUCGGUGUUUAGUGUAUAGCCAGCCACAAAAAGAAAGGUCUACCGUAUGCAAAGUGUAAAGUGUAUCUUGCAUACGGCGCACACAAUAGUUGUCUUGAACAGACAUUGUCUAUAUCAUGUUUGUUAUAUACAACAUACAUGCCGAAUCGUGAUCCGUGACAGUAAUUGUCAACUGUCAAGAAGUUUUUGCAUCAUCAUUGUACAUAUAUUAUUUUAGAUAUUCAAAUCUAUAAUAUUGGUCGUAAACGACUUUAUUUA